AAGCCCGAGAUACGGUCACACUGUACCAAUUUUGUUUGUCAUUCCGCUGGGCAAAAAUUCAUAAAACUUAACUUCAUUUUGCGAUUUUAGUUGAAAAUAAAAAGCACAAAUAAUGGAUUUGGAUAUUAACCGCGAUAUGCCCCGUGCCGGCUUCAACUUCGACAACUGCAAGCGCAAUGCGACUCUUCUGAAGGGGGGCUUCAAGCCGCCGACCACCACCAAGACGGGCACCACCAUCGUGGGCAUCAUCUUCAAGGAUGGCGUUAUCCUUGGCGCCGACACCCGUGCCACCGAAGGUCCCAUUGUCUCGGACAAGAAUUGCGCCAAGAUCCACUACUUGGCCAAGAAUAUAUACUGCUGUGGAGCCGGCACCGCUGCGGACACUGAGAUGACCACCGAUCUGAUCUCCUCGCAGCUGGAGCUGCAUCGCCUGGCCACAAAACGCGAGGUGCGCGUGGUGGCCGCCAAUGUGAUGCUGAAGCAGAUGCUGUUCCGCUACCAGGGUCACAUCAGUGCCGCCUUGGUGCUGGGCGGAGUGGACAAGACUGGCCCCCACAUCUACUCCAUCCAUCCGCAUGGUAGCUCCGACAAACUGCCCUAUGCCACAAUGGGAUCUGGUUCGCUGGCCGCCAUGAGCGUGUUCGAGAGCCGCUGGCGUCCCGAUAUGUCCGAGGAGGAGGGCAAGAAGCUGGUGCGCGAUGCCAUCGCCUCUGGUGUGUUCAACGAUCUGGGCUCCGGCUCCAACAUCGAUCUGUGCGUCAUCCGCAAGGGCAGCGUAGAGUAUCUGCGCAACCAUGAGUUGGCCAACAAGAAGGGCGAGCGGCAGUUGGACUACCGCUUCAAGCAAGGCGCCACACCCAUUCUGCACACGAGCGUCAAGGAUCUGCUCAUCACCGAACGCGUCCAGGCGGUGGUGCCCAUGGAGGUGUCUUAGAGGACACGGUUUUUUCUACAUUUUCACGUACAUUUAUUAUAACACACGAGCUCAGGGCUCGUCGGAUCUGCUUGGAGUGGUUCAAUAAAAGGAAGCCAUGCUUCGAA